GGUUGCUAGCAGUCACUUUCUGAUUCGCUAUUUGUUUGCUUGCUUCUUUUGAAGGAUUUUCCAAUGGAGUACGUACUUAUCUCUUAAAUAUACAGAUAUAUAUACUAUGGGUCUAUAGUUCAUCCACUGUGUUGUUGUUAUGUUACUGUUUUGCACUUUUUAGUGGGUACGAGGAAGUAAUGUCAACACGAGUGUAUGCCAGUCAUAAUUAUAAAUAAAACCAGCAACUCUUGGAGCUUUCACAUUGAUUUUGUCAGGGUUGUCCUGAAUCUUGGGUACAACCUUCCCAGGCGUAUUUUAACCAUCACAGACACCUUUCUUGAACCAGAAGCUCCAGAACAAGUAAGCAACACCUGCAGGUGUAGCUAUUAGAGCCCAAAUUAGCAAGAACCGUAGAACACAAAUCCACAUACAGGUGUUCAUUGGGAUUGCGAUCAAGGAUCAGGGGGAGGGGCUGCUGCAGUAGAUUGUCUUGUGCAUGGGCAAGGAUCUAAUCUAACACAUGUGCGAUAGCUAGCUGCAAUGGAGGAAGACUUGAGGAGGCUAUCUCCAUCGCUGGAGUUGCGCACAGUGGCCGGGAUGGGUCGAGGAGUGUUUACUAAAGUGCCUAUAUCUGCUGGGGACACUAUAUUCAGUGAACUACCUAUAGCACAUUGCAGUGUGGAGGAGACUAGAGGCACUAUCUGUGAGCACUGUUUCAACAGAUCAGAGUCACUGAAGAAGUGCAGCCGAUGCAAGUUUGUUUAUUAUUACAACUCUGACUGCCAGCGUUUGGAUUGGCCGCUGCAUAAGACAGAGUGUGAGGGUGUAAGUGGUUUGAGUCGUACUCGGGCUGCACCAUUCGUAAGACUAGUUCUCCGAGCACUGACCAGGGACACUCAACACCUCUGCUCACUUCCUGUUGACUGGUUUGACAGACGGGUUGAACAGAACUUGAUUCGCAUGAUCACUCGUCUCUGUGACUAUCCUCUGCAUGUCAUCGAUCAGCUCUUCCUGAAGUUGAUUUGUAAUCACUUCUCAAUAAUAAGCGAUGUUGACAACACCUCUAAAGUGGGCGAGGCCGUGUACUCUGCCCCCUCUCUGCUCAACUAUUCCUGUCGUCCCAACACUCUUCCCUUGUUUAAUGGACGACAACUAGUCCUCAAGGCUGUCAGGGAUAUAGGUCCUGAUGAGCAACUGUUCAUUACCUACAUUGAGACACUGGAAUUACUGAGUGAGCGUCAAACCAGGCUACAGAAGAGGUACAACUUCACCUGUGCCUGUGAGAGAUGCUUAGAGGACAUCAGCAAAUCCCCCGGAUGUUCUGAGCAAUUGCUCUUAUGGCUGCCGAUGGAAGGGAAAUCCCCGGUCCGUUACGACAGGAGAUGGAAGAGAAGCUAGCAGAGUUGGAUGGUUUACAGGAAUGUGAAGAUAAGUGGCAGGAGGUGUAUGACAAAGGCAGAGUGCUGUACACAAGCCAUUUGACACAACUAUCCCAUGAUAAUAUUCUGUGGCAGCGUCUUAUGGAGCAUCUGAGCAAUGUCAGUAUUAAGUUGAGUCACUUCUUGAACAACAUGGAAGCACCAUCUCGUAUUGAUAUGAGUCGCUUGAAGGAGGCGCUCAAGUACAAAAUUGAAUUAUUGGAACCGAGAUGCCGUCACUAUGGGCCCCUUCAUCCUGACAGUGCAAUCCAGCUAAUGACGAUUGCGAGCAUGGGACGGUCUCUCUAUUUAGGAACUUGUGACCAAAAGAUCCUACGUUCCUCACUAUACUACCACGCCGAGGCUAGGAAGGUAGCUCUAAGACUGUACGGAGCUGACCACCCCAUCACUCGAGGAAUAGCCAGCAUGCUGAUCGAUCUCACCUUGAACUACAAGUAGCUUACAAAUCAACUGAUCAUGACUAUGAUAAUUGUCGUUGGGUUAAUUUUUAUUGUUUUGAUGUAAUUGUUGGACAAAAUAAGUUUUCAGAUCAUUAACAGUAUUGUGCAA